AUCGCAUGUUCCCAUUUUUCCAGUUAGGACAGGAGCUCCGCGUAACAUGGACAUAUUCAAACAUUGAGUAGCAAAACACACACACACACAAGAUUUUUAAACCAACAAAUUUUCUUUUCCGUCUCCUUCUCUUAUCGGUCUCUUAUUUUCCUUCCCUCCCCUUUUCCGGAAUUUGUACUUUUUCAAUAAUCAAGAUCUUCAACUGUUCUCCUUUAGAAAUUCUUCCUUUUCUCUUAUUCGGACAAUGAAUCCGAAUUGGGAACUGAGGAAUUGUUGCCAGCGCGAACAAGUGGUGUUUCUUGCAACUAUUGGUGUCUUCACUCUUGUAAUUCUUGCUCUAUGGAGGACGUUUUUACUGACACCCUUCAAACUCAUUACAGUAUUUCUUCAUGAGGCAAGCCAUGCAAUUGCUUGUAAGCUUACAUGUGGUGAGGUAGAGGGUAUUCAAGUUCAUGCAAAUGAAGGUGGGGUCACUCAAACACAUCUCGGUUCAUCAUUUUGGGGAAUGGCUCUCAUACUUGCAUCAACAAAUCUACUCACUGCAAGGAUUGCUGCCGGUGGUCUUAUUCUUUCCCUUCUUAUUGUCCUCUUCAUAGCCAAAAAUUGGACACUUCGUGGGCUUUGCAUUGGAUUUAUCGUUUUUAUCGGUGUUAUUUGGCUGCUGCAAGAACUGACUACAGUUCGUAUUCUUCGCUACAUUAUUCUCUUUAUUGGUGUUAGAUUUUUUUUUUUUUUUUUNUCGUAAAUAUAUCUGGCAAUUAAUUCAUUCCUCAAUAUGGAAGAGUAUUAGCGCCGUUGAAUUGGAUUAUUUGAAAUUGUUAAUGGCUAAUCUAUGGGAACUUGUUUGGUUAAUACUUGAUAUGAUAUAUUUAGUAACACCAUUGUGAGUUGAAUUAUUAAACUUUUGUGAUGUCGAGAGUUCGGUGAGGAAACUAAAAUAUUUUUGCAGGGGAAUGAUAUCCUUCAUGUUUUUAUGUGGAGCUAUAUAUCUUGGACUUGUCAUCUUGUCCUGAGGUUUUUGGUGGACUUAACAUCUUAAUGGCUCGACAAAGAAAGAUGUUCACUUGAAUUUGGUUUUUCUCCUUUCCUAUCUUUAGAUACUUUUGUGUAUACACACUUCAUUGAUACAUCGAUUUAUUUUGGCUACGAGCCCAUAUUCGUUCAGUUGUUGAUUAAUUGAGAUGCUCAAAUUUGUUUCCAAUGUAUGAGUCUAUUGUUUGAAUUUUGGAAGUGGCUCAG